UAGCCAAAGUAGCUCAGUAAACGAUCCACCGCAGUGCCUGGGACAGACUGCGUGGAAGAGGGAGAGAAAAGACAUUUCGAGGAUGGGAAGGGGAACUUAAGGGUAAACACACAGAAGGAGGAAAAGAGGAGAGGAUAGAAGGAAAGAAAGAGAGGAAGGGACAAAACCCCCAGCAGAUCCUCCCCUGGUGUGGGGUUUCUUGCCUUCCUGACGUGUGCGCACGACUCUUAGUGGCACUAUGAGUUCAUGCAGCAGCCGUGCAUUGACCAUCCUGUCCACAGUUUUUGGAGCCUGCGGACUGCUGCUGGUGGGGGUGGCUGUGUCCACCGACUACUGGCUCAUAAUGGUGGAGGGAAUCAUCCUGCAGCAAAACCAGAGCAUGGAGGUGAAGAUGGCUCUGCAUUCUGGCCUGUGGAGAGUUUGCUUUGUGGCUGGAGCAGAGAACGGGAGGUGCGUGGCUUCGGAGUACUUCACUGAGCCCGAAAUAGAGAUCACCACCGAAAACACGGCAAACAUCCUGAAGAUGGUUCGUACGGCCACGCCCUUCCCCAUGGUGUCUCUGCUCUUCGUCUUCACGGCCUUUGUCAUCAGCAACAUCGGACACAUCCGGCCUCAGCGUACCAUCCUGGCCUUUGUGUCCGGCAUCUUCUUCAUUCUCUCAGGCCUCAGUCUGGUGGUGGGUCUGGUGCUCUACAUCUCCAGUAUUAAUGACGAGGUGAUGAACCGGCCCAGAGAGCCAGAGCAGUUCUUCAAUUACCACUACGGCUGGUCCUUCGCCUUCGCUGCCUCUUCCUUCUUACUCAAAGAGGGUGCUGGAGUUUUAUCAGUCUAUCUGUUCAUGAAGCGAUACGCAGAGGAAGAGAUGUACCGUCCCCACCCUGCCAUCUACCGCCCCCGUCUGUCCGAGGGCAGCGACUACAGCGGCCAGUACCUCCACCCAGAGUCCUCCUGGCCUCCACCCAAGAGAGGCCGCAGCACCUCGGAGGUGUCCAGUGACAUCUCCAUCCAGCUCAACCAGACUCCACCGGCGCCACCGAAAUGCACCCUCCAAGUUGGUGGCCAGGGGAGCCCACCCUCUGUGUCUUCUUCUGCAGGGAGCUACCAGAUGCAGCCACAGCCCACUGGUUACCCCUCCACACACACCCUACCCAGGUCCCACCCCUCCCACCCUCAGGGCCAGGCUCUUCCCAUGACCAUGCCUCCAUCGCCUGUACCCCCCCCUCACUAUCACACACAUGUGCACAUGAGCGCCUCACCCUGUUAAGAAGGGGGAGCCACACGAAGGCGAGCCACUGACUCUUCAUCAUCAAAUAUACUGAACACUUCGAAUUGGAUCAGGGUAAGCGUGGAGCUUUGAUCUAGCAUCGAAUGAAGCAGAAAAAUGUAGCUUUGAGACGUUAUAAAUCAAAGAGAGAGAAGGAGGGGAAUUUUACUGAUUUCUGAAGAUUUCAAAGAAGCUGUGGUGGACGGAAAGAAACAAACAAAAGGGAAGAAAGAAGUUAAAGAAAAAGUCAAGAAAGAGGCAAACUAUUCUCCAGAAAGACGUUAGAGGUUAGGUUGAUUGGUAGAGUAGGUAUAAGGGAGAGAGAGUGAGCAGGGGGGCUGCAGUGUUAUACAAAGAUGCUGCAUUGCUGCAGGACUUUGUACACACUUGGAAAUGUACAACGCAAAGCACUGAUCUGAAAGGACUGAAAGGAUCUGAAUGUUCAUAGAGUUUUACAUGCAUAAGUCACGCCAACAUGUGGACUACAUACGUUUUUGCCAAACGGUAAAACGUGGGUAAAUAUAUUCUAUUCGUGUCUGAA